AUGUUUGCUACGUGGAUGGAGUGCGGAGGGAGUCAUAGGGUGUGGAAAAGUGACGGCUUAGAUCGUAGCAUUGAUGCGCGUCACUGCGAGGCGCAUUAUUGCAGUGGAGGACGUGUUGAGGUAUAUGAGAUGAGGCUGACAAGCACAAAGAGGCUGAUAUCAGAUGCUGUACAGACGUUGUUUUGUACCACUAGUUUAAAAUGUAUUGACAGUGAAUGCAAUGCUUCCUUCGUGUUGUUCUGUGUGAUUUUAGGUUUCAUUGGUAUAUGCAUGCUAAUUCCCGCAAACGUGCCGAUUCUCAGAUUUUGCGACGAUGAGUCGGGUAUUAAGUGCGAUUUGAAUGUCAAUAAUGUGGAGGGACUUUACAACACCCAUCUUCUUGCCAUGUACGCUCGAGUGGACUCUCGGUUGACCCCACUGGGUAUGUUCGUAAAACACUGGGCACAAAACAUGGACAUUCAUGGUGCCGACCGAGGAAGGCUUUCGACGUACGCCCUGCUGCUGAUGCUCAUCCACUUCUUACAAUGUGGGUGUUCACCUCCUGUUCUACCAAACCUGCAAGCCCGUUUUCCCGUAAGCUUUGGCAUCGGUAAGGCAUAUUCGUGGUUGUUGCAUAACAUGGAAGGUGAGAGGCACCUGAGUAGGUGGCACUACUAUCCACCAGAUCAG